UGCGUGGCUUACAGUCGAAUCGAAUACCCCAAUAGGAUGAAAGUUUUCGUGAUUUUGGCAUUGUGCCUCGCCGCGGUUUACGCCGGUCCAGAUGAGGACAUCUGGCUGCAGUACAACAAGCGCAUGCCGGCUGCCUAUUAUUCCCUGAAAGAACCAAUCUACAGGGAGCCUGUCAACGGAAGAAUCGUUGGAGGUGUCGAUGCCGAUAUUGAAAACUUCCCGUACCAGCUGUCGUUGAGGCGUCUUGGAUCUCAUAGCUGCGGUGCUUCGAUCAUUUCCUCAAACUGGGCUCUUUCGGCUGCUCACUGUACUCAUCCAUUGCCAGAUGUCUCUAUUAUGACUCUUCGUGCUGGUACUGCUAACCGUCUUGAAGGAGGACAAAUCUUUGCGGUUGCAGAGAUCGUCAACCAUCCGAACUACAACCCAAGUAAUAUUGAAUUGGAUGUUUGUGUUCUUCGUACUGUGGAACCAAUGAACGGUUACUUCAUGGAGCCUAUCAAUCUCGUACCGGCUGAAACUUAUUAUCCAGGAGGCACGCGAGCUGUGCUGUCUGGUUGGGGUUUGACGAGCGUACCUGGAUCUUUGCCUGUAAUUCUACAGAUGGUGGACAUCCCAGUGAUCAAUCACGACGAGUGCAAGGCCGGUUGGCCAGCUGGUUGGGUUACCGACGAUAUGCUGUGCGCCAGUGAGUCGGGCCGUGACGCAUGCAACGGAGACAGCGGCGGUCCGUUGGUUACCGGAGGUCGCCAAAUUGGUAUUGUGUCUUGGGGAGCAACCAACUGCUUGGGCAACGAGCCAGGAGUUUACGCCCGUGUUGCCUACCCUGCGAUUCGCAACUUCAUCACUGAUGUCACUGGAGUAUAAAAGUGUGCAGUAAUAGUUAGAGUUUAGGUGAACAAAUAAAACAAUGUUUAGGUGAAUAAAUAAACACAAU